AUGUCGGGUAACGGGAGACUAAGGCGUCUAAUCGUCCUGGUGGACGGCUGUGAGCCGCAGGACGGCAAGAAGGACACGAACCCUUCGAGUAUCCAGAGGAUCAAGGCUCUGGUGAGGGAGGGUGUUUGCCACGUUGGAGGAGUUGAGAUCGCCCAAAUCCCAAAGUACUACACCGCUACUGCCAGUACCCCCAAGCUGAGCGACAGAUGGAAACCCAAGGCCUCCAAUGCCGAUACGACUCCUGAACUCAUCAAGACUAUUGUCAAGGAUAUCUCUUCGACUCUUGAGCGCCCUGAGGAUGAACUCUGGCUGUACGGCUCGGGUCACGGUGCCUUUGUAGCUCGGGCAGUCGCUGGCAUCAUUCAACGCCUUGGUUUGGCCAAAACAGCGUCGUCUGAGAUAUUCGACGACCUCUUUGAUGCAGCACUUGCACUCAUCAAGGCCCAGCUUGAGGACGACUUCAAGAAUGGCCCCCAACUUAUCCAAAAGAUCAAGAUCCACGCUGAUGAGCCCCCUCGGAUACGGUUCGUUGGUCUCUUCGACACGGUCAUUCGCACACCGCCAAAGGCUAGCGCAUACGACAUCUCGUUUGGUUCCUCAAUUGAGAUUCUUCGACACGCCCUCGCCAUAAACGAGACCCGCACCAGCAGAGGGCUCCAGGUUUUCAGUGCCCCAGAAGAGGCUGAGAUGACCACCCGAUCCUUCAUCCAGGCUUGGUUCUUGGGCACGCACGAUGACUUAAUCGGUGGCACAGCCCACGAUGGUCUCUCCCUCUAUCCGCUUCAGUGGAUCAUCCUGGAGAGCUUGUACGCUGGGCUAAGCUUACUCGCUAUGGAGAGCUCAACAGCCGCUGACAAUCCAAUGUCACUUGUAUUUCCUCAAUUUGCUGGCAACUUGCCAACACUAGAUGGUUCUGAAGACAUCCAGUGGCGACUCCAGUUCGCAAAUGGCAUUCGACUCAGCAUGUUUGACAUCCAGAGCUCUCAUGGCAAGCGCUCAGCCUCUGGGUUGGAUGUUCACAGCUUGAAACUUGAUUCAGAUCGAUACAAGCACAGUCCUACGCGUAAAAUCUUUGGAACUGAUGGAAAGCUCCUAGGGUGGAGUGACAGUGGUCCCUAUGGCACAAUGAUCCAUCCAUCCCUCUUCUGUGUUCUUGACCGUUAUCCCCGAUAUCUUGAGCUUCCCAAUCUCAAAGCACUCAAGGCUCAAAUCACCAACUUCCAAGACACGUACCUGGUCGAGGACCCCGAGUCGCUUGCCCCUUGGCUUCGAGACAUGCAACUCCAAGCUAGUGGUGUCAAGGCGUUCCGAAUCUUGGUUUGUGGAAAGACAGGUGUCGGAAAGUCGACACUCAUCAACAAGGUGUUUGGCGUUGAGAUGACAGACGAGUCUCUAUCCUAUCAGCAGGGUGUCCACGACAUCAAUGUGGCAUUUGAGUCACCAAAACAUCCCGGAUUGCUCAUCCACGACUCGAGGGGUUGGCAGGCGGGCAGUGAUACCGAACUUGACUUGAUUGCGAAGUUCCUUAGACAUAGAGCGUUUCAAGAGGAUCCUGCUGAGGCCCUCCACGUUAUUUGGUUCUGUGUUGAUUCAGACGUGGCUCGCAUUGAAGAAGCAGACAAGAGAACCUUUGCGACUAUAGCCCAAUACUCGCAUCAAGUUCCCGUAUUCGUUGUUGGAACAAAGAAAGAUAAGCUCAUGGGAUAUCGCAAGAUGCAGCUUCUGGAAGAGAUUAUGGAAGAAACAGGAAACUACAAAGAGGCCAAGAAGCAAGCCGAGGAAAAGGCCAGCGCGAUAGCUGAGGCCCAGUUCGCCGAGCUUCGGAACCAGCUCUCACAGAUCGAGCAUUACAAGGCAGAUGGCUUCUGCUGUCUUUCCAAAGAUGACGAUGCAGGUAUCAAGGAUCUCCUUUCCCAAACUAUCGGACUCAUCGCCGACGAACGCGUACGUCUCUUCUGUGUUGCCGCUCAAGUAGUUGAUGUUGAACAGAAGAUCAACUCGGCGAUUACAGAGUGUAUGAGACUUGGAACCCACGCCGUCCGCACCGCAGCCGUCCCCCUCCCCUUCACCGGCAUGAUAGGAACACCUACAGUGUCACGGCUCAUCUGCGAGCAUGUGCUGCAGUGCUUUGGCUUCCCCAAGACGACACCUGCAGAGGUUGAAAAGAUCAUGUCGGACGUGGUCAUGGGAAACAUGAGGGACUUUCUCAAGGUAUCUUUGACGCAGUUUGCAAGCGUAAGCGCUGUUGCUGUGGGUGUUGCGGUGCCUACGGUGGGAAUAGGCAUUGUCGUCGGUGCUGCUGGGUGUCUCCUCGGUCUCCCUCCCACGGCGCGGAUGCUUCUCAAGUGCUCCUGCGACAUGAUCCUGAUUCUUGAAAGGUCGUUCCGCUACGAUGGCAAGUAUGUUUCCAUCAAGCAGAUCGAAGACGCUGCGAAGUAUUACUCCAAGACAACCAUCACCUCCUUCUCCGGCAAGGAGAAGCGACUUCAACAGCAGGUCCACGACGAGAUCAACCAGCUUAUCCCUCUCAAGAAGGUGUCAGUUGGUUUCAGGUUUAACAAGCUGCGAGGUUCCAUCGAGGAGAUCAUCUACAGCAACCGCUUCGAUAAUGUUCCGAGGAACGCGUCUCUGAGAAGCUCCUCAAGCGUCGCCCUGGCACACAGCCACAGUGCACCCUCAGAGUUGUCUGCAGCACCGCCACCCAUCUGCGAGUUGCCCGGGGAUGAGGUUCAACUUCCUACACGAUCUCUGACGGACUCGGACGGCUACCUCAAGGCCGGCGAUGAAAAGCUGAGACCUGUGGUUGAACUGCCUGUAAACGAGGAGGUUGUGCCUCAAAGCUUGGUGGUGCCGGUACAAACAAACUCUUCCGAAAAAACUGCCACGCCUCCUCCAGCGCCUCAGGUUCGGCCUGCCGAGCUUGAUGCGAAUCCCCAGGUCAAUGACCCUUCUGAGGAAGCAGACGGUUCCUCAGGCAAGACCAAGUCCAGCCUUCGCUGGAGCAAACCCUCAACAUGGAAGCUGAGCUCAAGAAAGUCAAAGAACAAGUGA